UGCACUACUUUUUAACCAUUUGAGCUUCGACGACGUCCUCAGUUCCUGGUCACAGAGUAGUUGUUGUUUGGUUGUAGGCAAGGCGAUGCUUUUGGAAAUAAAGUUGUGUUUCACGGUUAAACUGGAGUAAACACGACACAAUGAGCUGGAUUCCGUUUAAGAUCGGGCAACCGAAGAAACAGAUCGUUUCGAAGAUGGUUGAAAGGGACUUUGAGCGGGAAUACGAGAAGCUCCAGAAGUUGGAAGACCAAACAAAGAAGCUGUAUAAAGACAUGAAGAAAAGCACAGAGGCUGAUACAGCAAUGUCUAAAGCUGCCACAAAGAUAGCCGGUGACUUGCUGAGUAACCCGCUGUGUGAGCAGGACCAAGCCUUCCUGGAGUCUGUGAUGUCUCUGGAUACAGCCAUGAAACGAAUGGAGGCGUUUAACCAGGAGAAGGUCAAUCAGAUCCAGAAGACCGUGAUCGACCCUUUAAAAAAGUACAGCAGUGUGUUCCCCAGUCUGAACAUGGCGGUGAAACGGAGAGAGCAAGCCUUGCAGGAUUAUAAGAGACUGCAGGCAAAAGUGGAGAAAUAUGAGGAAAAGGAGAAGACCGGACCCAUGAUGGUCAAACUCCAUCAGGCAAAGGAAGAGUUGAGGCCGGUCAGGGAGGAUUUCGAAGCCAAGAAUAAGCAACUGUUGGAAGAGAUGCCCAAAUUUUACAACAGCCGCAUCGACUACUUUCAGCCGAGCUUCGAGGCACUUAUCCGAGCCCAGGUGAUCUACUUCACAGAGAUGCACAAGAUCUUCAGCGACCUGACGGAUCAGAUCGAUCAAGGCGGCCUGACGGACCAAGAGCGAGAACAGCAGAACGAGUCCAAGCUCAACGAACUGCGUGCUCUGUCUAUCGUAGCAGACGACUGAAGCACAAA